AUGUACGACCAGCCAUACCAUCAUCGAAAUAGACCAGCACCCAAUCACCAAAAUUUUCUCAGUUUCAGGGCUACUUCAAAAUCAACACCCAUUAGUGCCCCCUUCACCAAGCUGAACUCAACACCAACCACUCUGUAUUUAGACCCUCAUGAAGUAUCUACAACACUGGUUAUCCUAGAUGAUGUAUUUACUCAGUUACAAAAUGUUACCGAUGAGGUGGAGAAGCUAACACCGAUUGAUAUCCCUGCGCCAUAUCAAAUUACUCGAAACUAUGCAAGUAAAGAAUCCAACGACAGGAAUGAGAGGGAUGUGGCACCCAGGGAGUUUAAGCAAGUAAGCACUCCCAUAAGGUACGCGACACCAACGUCGAGACCAGUUACUGGGACUGCAACUGCACUACCACAACCACCACCACUGCGUCAUAAUGGCAUUUCAUUUAAAUCGGAAUUUUAUAAAUUACUUGGCCACUACAACUCAUUAAUGCAACAAGUGCUAGCUAAAAACAACGAUAUCAAUAUACUAAAGUACAAACUCAACCAGUCGGUCAAUACGCUCGUGCUUGAGCUUGGAAAUUUGCAUCCAAUGGAACAAGACAAUGAAUAUAAUGACAUGAGGAAAGAGGACAACGAACAUGAACUUGGUGGUGGUACAACCAUCAAUGAGCAAUCAACUGCAGCUAAAAAUCAAAGCUUAGGUCCAAGUGAGUACAAUUUCCAACGCAAGAUGGAUGAAAUUAGUAAGAAGUUGAUGGAGAUAUUCAAUCCGCAAGAAGAGUUUGAAUCGGUUAGUGUUGAUUCAACAACUAUUGAUUCGUAUAUUUUGCACAAGAAGAAGAAUAAGAAGAAAGUGAAAAGUUGA